ACGGGAGCCGCUGAUUAAUAUUGCGCGUGCUAACUCUCUUUUCCUUUCUUCUCUCUUGGACUUUUUUUCGAGUACCUUUUUUGAAUGGAACGGACAGCGGAAUUAAUACCAAAAGAAUGAGGAUGCAGCAAGAGGAGAAACUGAUCGAGACAUCUCUUGAAGCGAUCACCAGUAGAGUCCAGGAAGUCAGGGACUCCGUUCACACGUUCUUGGCCAAGUUAGAGCGGGAACCGCUGAAUUGGCCUUCUGUUUUGGACAAUUUUGCUCUCCUUUCAGGACAAGUCAGCACAUUGACAAAGUUACUAAAGGGUGACAAGACACCAGCUCUAAGAAAUCUUGUUCUUCUCCCUGUACUGGUCCAGCAAGAGCAAGAUGAAGAGUUGGUCAAGAUCAGCCAGGGCAGAAUACCAGCAUUUAACCAUGAAGUUGUUCCUGAUCACCUGAGAACCAAGUAUGAACCAGAGGUUGAAGAAGCAGAACAAUCUUUAGUAGUUGCAUCAGCAAGCAUCACCCAAGAAAAUGCACAGAAACAAAUCAACCAUUUGAAUGAACUUCUUACAACACUGACAGAUAUUAUCACAAGUGCCAAGGAAGAUUGGGAAGGUGAACAGAACUCAGCCUCAAGAAGCACAUCAUCCACAAACCCCGAUAUAGGUGCACUAGUGGCAGCUGUUACAUUUGGAAAAGGACUAAAGCCAAACAAGACAACCAAUUCAUCUAAAACCAGAACAAGCACUAGUUCUGAACAAGGGUCAGCACAAUGGAUGAAUAACAAGGCAGAUCAGCCAGGAAAACACCCAAGUUCCAUCAAAACAGAACUAAAAGCUGCAGCAAGUCCCCACCCUUAUGCUGGUAGACCUCCAAACAGAUCUUGACCACCUUCACGCCUUCAUGUACAUAUCCAAUAGAUAGUGCCUAAUAAAUUAUUUCUUAUAGUAUUUAUUGUCCCUUAACGUUUUAUAGUAAAAAAACAUAAGCAAUGUCAGGAAUAGGAUAAGUGCAUCCUAUUUUAGUGACAGCGUGUACAAUUCUAUAAAAAAUAAAUAAUUUAUAGGAAAA